GAGCAAACCUGCGUAGUUCGUCACAGGCGAGACAAACCUGCGACACAAGCGCGCGGACACAGAAGCUGACCAUAACCUUGCGAGAUCCCUACCUAGAUAUUUUGGCCUUUACAUUUGCGUUUGUGAGUUAGAAGACACUUACAUUCCCGUCUAGGUAGGUUGCACACUAGGUUAAGAUACCUCCACGCGAACUACCGUUUCUCGCCUCGCACUUCAGUCAUAACCUAUCGUAAUCUUCGCAUGCAUACUAGAGGAUUAGCGCCAGACUUCGUGGACGAUUGUUUUUGUGCCUUUAUUACUCCGACACCAAUCUGAGCGAAUUUAUAUGAAAUCCUCUUUCAUCGCAGGAAUGUAGUUGGGAGGGCGGAGACUCGCAUCCCCGUCCGAAAACUGUGAAAUAUUGACAAUGCCAUGAGAAAAGUCGCGAUCAUUCGGGUUCGUUCGGCUCUGGUCAUAACAGGAUCCGAAUACAGAGUCGGGUUUGAGAUCAUGGAGAUGUGGAUGAAGCCGGGAUUUUAGGUCAUACUCACCGCAGGAGUUCAUUGCGGUAUUGACGGUGGUCGUUUUGUAUCGAGACUUGUUCUUUGUUAAAACAUUGUGACUUGGGAAUUCUGCCCGGCUGUAAUCAGAAGUUAGACAACCAGCGGAUCCUUGUAAAUUGUCCUCCAAAAUCCGAUCUCGUAUCUGAGUGGGACGUGUCUAUAAUAGUUGGAGUUCAGCAUGAGGAAUAACGAGGACGCUGAGGGGUUUGAUGGCGAGGCCUCCAACACUUCCAUGAUUUCAGGAGCCAAUAGCCCGUAUCAGCCGACCACCGAGCCCGUGCACUCCAGAAACGUGUUCAGGGGCAUCAGGUGUGACCUGGAGUAUCUCAAAUCCCAUUUUGGUAUUUUGAAAGUAAUCGAAGUGGUCUUGGCUCUUAUCUCCUUCAUCUGCAUCGAGACCAUUAUGAUGUGCUCGCCCUGUGCCGGCGUAUACCUCUUCGAGUUUGUUAGCUGCAGUGCCUCCGUUCUCACAGGCGUCUUGCUCCUCAUAUUCAGCCUAAAUCUGCACAUCAAAGUGCCACAUGUCAACUGGAGUCUGACGGAUCUGAUCAACACUGCCACCAGCACCUUGUUCUUCUUUCUGGCUUCAGUGGUUUUGGCAGCUCUCAACCAUAAAACUGGAGCAGAGAUUGCAGCUGUGAUCUUUGGCUUUCUGGUGAUGGGAGUUUAUGGUCUGAAUACGUAUUUGGCCGUUCGGAGGUGGCGUCUCGGGGACUCACGUGAUGGACCACUGCAGACCAGCGAGUACAUACGUGCCCGGACCGCCUCACGGGGAGAGGUGGAGUCACGGCCGGAGCUACAGUAAAAGCCACUGGCGGACCAACAGAGACUACACGGAUUACAUUCUUCAUGCGGUAUUUUCCUUCACUUAUGGUGGGAAACUGAUGGCUGGGAUAUUAUGAAAUAAAGUAGAAACAAUGGAUGAACUUUGCCUAGAGUGGAACACAUCUCUAGCGUUGUCUUUCUCAUGAUCAACCCCAGGCCAUCAUCAGUUGACUGUGUAUGUAAAUAUAGUAUUUUUUCCAUUAAUUAAGUGCUUUGCCUUGAGGGAUUAUCUGGAUUGUUAUUGACAGAAAUUCUCUCCAAAGUGGUCCAGACAGGGAUGCUCAGAAGUCUUAUGUUAUGUCUAAACUAGGGGUUGAACGAACUUAGAAUUUUUGAGGUUGACUAUUAUAUGAUUAAAAGUAACUUUGACUAGUCGAUGACGUCAUUAAUAGCUAGGAAAUGUUUGCAACAAGAUUUGAUGGGUGUGGGCAGUAACGCUGGGUUCACAGCAAACGCAAAUUAAGCGUUUAGCGUGAGUAAAUUACAUACUAAGUCGGUAUCGCGUGUGGUGUGAACCCAGCAUAAGUCACUCGUGUGUGUGGGCUGCGGGGGGGACAAAAGUAUGCAAAGUAGUCUCUAAAUAUAUAUCUAAAAUCCAGAUAAACUGUUGCUCAUCUAUUGCACAAGAGCAACAACAACUAAAUAAAACUAUUUUAAAGCGUGAGGUCGUGGGAAGCGUGGCUGGGGGUCGAGCAUUAAUGUCCACUAGUUUGUGCAACCCCUAGUCUAAACCAGAACCAGCUGGUUUUAAUACCUGCCGCAAUAAGCCUGACAAAGACUGUCAGACACAGUUCGAAAACACUCCUGUUUAGCUCGAUACCCAACACAGCUGUGUCUGAUGUGUCAUAUGAAAGAUCAAAAACACUGUACUCGGACAAAGAAAAUCUAGUAGAGCAAGAUCAAAUGUAGAUUCAGAUUUAUUUUUUUUCAACUCAUGAUUAUUGGUUAUAUCUGAUUGAAGUGAAAUAUGAAUGGGUUGGCUUUUCUUACUUAAUGAAGUGUUAUAUAUAAACAAUAUAAAUUGCGUCAUCUUCCGUUAUCAAACAUAUCAGAAAACAAUGGAUCUGCAUAAUACUGUUUUCUCUGUACAAAGCAGGUCACUAGAAGCCAGUAUUUAUUUUACUGCGAUUUUUCUACCAAACAUAGCCUAUUUCUGUACCAAACAUAGCCUAUUUCUGUACCAAACAUAGCCUAUUUCACCUCAGUAAUGUGACCCUGCAUUAACAACUUUCAGAUGACAGUGUGUGUUUUGAUGAAUGCAAGUGAUGGGGGAUCUGGGUGUGUAUUUUAUGACUUGUUAAAACCUUUAAAAAAAGUUUAGAUACUAAUCUUUAGGUAUUGCAUCUAUUUGAUAUUUUGCAGAGACUAAAACGUGUGUGAAUGUGUGAUUGUUUUUGGGGCUGAUUGUAAGGAUUUCUUUACUGCGUUCUGUAUAUAUUGGUUUAACUAAGGAUAGAGUUUUUGAAGGUGUAUAUAUUCAUAAUCAGAGUGUGUGAUAUGACAUUAAUGAAGGUUUCCAUGUUUUUAUGAAUUCUUAUUACUGACAUUAAGAGGCUGUGGUUUAAGGAACGACUGUACUGUGUAUGCGGUAUAUGAUAGCAUCAGCUAAACUGUAUAUUUUUUCCAGUGUGCUUUAAUCGAAGGCUUGACUUCAAAACUGUCAAACUUCUAGGGCUUCGUCACUAAAACGUAACAUAGAUUUAGUCCUUAUAUGUGCAUUUUGUUUAUACAUGUUUAUACAUUUGGCACCUGAACAAAAUUUUCCUUUACUGAAUUAAUAAUGUUUUCAAAGAACAUUUUUACCUAGGCCAAAUGAAGUACAGUAUUUCUGAUGUAUAACGAAAUGAAGUACAGAUGAAGUAUGUAUAACAAAUGAUGUAUAACAAAUGAAGUACAGUAUUUCAGUAUUUCUGAUGUAAAAGAAGGUUCCUCAUGUUAUUUGUUUAUGUUCAUACUCUUGAGUCUUACUUUCUGAAGUUUUACAAUUGAGGCACUUAUUGGUUUGAGACCGAUGUUGAGAUGACAAUGCAUCUCAAUGUCAUAACAUCAUCUUGAUUUUAUGUUGACAUUAAUAGCAGGUUUGAAAUACAAUCAAAGAAUGAUUAAUGUUUUAAUGAAGGACCCAUCAAAGUACUGAAGUCUGUUUGUUUUUCCCAUGUUGAAAACAAUACUACUGUUUGUGCUUAUGCUUUGUAAUAAUGUAUAAAAGCUUUUACUGUGCUUUGACAAUAUAUGCUAAACUUCUCAUUUGAGGAUUUUAGUAUCAGAAUAAUUCCUAAUUUUGAUCAUGUGGUUUGGUCUGCGCAUUUUUAGCUUACAAUCAUUACUCAUUUUUUCGAUACUGACAUUUUGAAGGAUUUUGAUAAAGAUUGUAUCAGCUUUCUGAUUGAAACUUAUGAUUAUUUUCAUAUUUGAAAAUUUUUCCUUUAAUAAUAAGCAAUGUUUUACUCCAUGUAUGUGAUAAACAUUUGUAUUUUUGUAUUUAUAGAGUUGUGCAUAUACUUACUAAAUUCUAAUUGAUUGAAAAUAUUUGUGAUGGCAAUCAUGUCCUCCAAUAAAUGGAUUUGGAUUGAUCAA